UGAGCCGAUAGACCGACCCUCCUCGAGUACGGCAGGCGAGAGAGGUCAAGCACGAUAAAGACAAGGACACGUGAUUGUUGUUGUUGUUUUUUCAGUCAAGGCGCUGCAGUUUUAACAUGUUGAACUAAAUUAAUGAAUGGCUUGUUUUAUUUUAAGAAGGCUACCCCUCCGAGGUGUCCUUUGAAAUUACACAGCCGAGAAGGCGCUGUGUGUUUCGUGGAACCGCGGUUUAACUGUCAAGGAGGAAGGAUGAGCCCAAUGUUAUAAAUGUGCUGUUUAUUUAAAGGCUGAAUUUACUGUCAAUGCAGGUCUUUGGAUAAACCUGGACAACCAAAGCAAUUCCCAAGAUUUACACAAGGGCAGGAGAUAGAGACCAAAGGAAGAUCAGGUGUUUGAAGCUUUAGGAACUACAGAUGAACUGACGUCAGCCUUUGGGUAGUUAUUUAUACAGGCAUGACCUGUCCUAUGUUACAGGGUAUUGGGAAGACACCAAUCCGGGGUCAUGUGUGACCGCUUUUACAUGGAAAUGAUGCAGGAACACGGCAGAGCAAUAUUAUGCAACUGCCAGAAAAAAACAAGGUUUAGUGAGAAGCCUGUCUCAGAUUUGGAGCAUUGGAUCGAUAAAUACACAGAUCAGCUGCCAGCCCUGACCAAUUUCAUCUUACCUUCAGGAGGGAAGAGCAGUGCUGCCCUACACCUGGCCAGAGCAGUCUGUCGGAGAGCGGAGCGCAGAGUGGCUCCGAUCGUACGAGCAGGAGAAGCUGACCAUAGUGUUGCUAAAUAUCUUAACAGGCUUAUCGACUACCUGUUCACAUUGGCCAGGUUUGCAGCUAUGAAAGAGGGAAAGGAAGAGAUGGUUUGCAGAAGAACUGUGGAGGAAUAAAAGCAGCAGGCUGAUAAGACCAGUAAAUGAGCCGUUCUUCAGCCCCCCUGCAAGGAGCAGCAGUGUGUGGUGAGCCUGUCCAGUGGAGACCUCAGCCUUAUCCCCACACCUCAUUGUCUGGAAUAUAUGGUCUGGCUCUCUGGUAGCUGAUGUAACUGUACAGCUGAAUUAGAUUUGUAAAUAAUAAUAAUAAAAAAAGAGAUCUGUCUAUCACGGAUCAUGUUACUCUGUGCUGGUGAUUUUUUUAAUAUAAAAUACUGUACAUUUCCCAAUAAAUACAAUU